CCCCAAGAUUGCCUCGGCUAUUCGAUGGUCGCCGCAUUACCGCUGCAAAGGAUAUUUUAACUUUUUUAUCCUUAACUCUAACAAAGAAUCCGCACCAUUACCCUCCAAUUGUCCAAAGGCAGGAAAGUAAAAGGGUAGACAGGCCCUACUGCUAAGCUUGGCAGCCCGAACUCGAUGGGCCAGGGUAGGCAUUUCCUCUCAGUCUAGCACGUACAGCCCCAACGAGCAUCAAGAUUCGAGGUAAUAGAGCAAGACAUUGGACAACGUGGAGGAAAGAGAUCCUUUGUCUCUUCGUCAUCCAUUUCUAGUGUAGUGAGCUUUUCAAAGGAACAAAUAUUCUCAGUUCUCCCCUGGAGAUAGAAAGGGUGAGACAUGUCGAAACUUCUAUGCAGUUCGCAUUUGAAUGCUUUCCAUCGCCGGAGCUUCUCUGCGAUCCUAUUGAAAUCUCCAUUUCCGAUCCAAUGCAUUCAUUUUUCAUCUCAUCUUAUUGAUUUCGAACGGCAAAUAGCGUUCCCUCUCUCGAAACGGCGAGUUCUUUUACAAUCUUUCUCCGGUUCAAUUCACCACCGGGACUUAUCAGUUCGAGCUUUUGAAUCGAGUUCUGAAACUAAGGAAGAGAGUCAGAAGGAUGCGGAAGCUUCUGAUGAAUCAAAAGCCAAGUCUGUGGAUGAUAAUGGAAGCUUGAUAGGGUCGAAGGAUGAUUAUCCUAGUGGUGAAUUUGAGUUCAGGGAGAUCAGUGGAUGGAAGAGCUUUGUUGUGAAGCUUCGGAUGCUUUUUGCAUUCCCAUGGGAACGUGUCAGGAAGGGCAGUGUUUUAUCCAUGAAAUUGCGAGGACAGAUAUCUGAGCAGCUAAAGAGCCGUUUCUCUUCAGGGCUGUCUCUACCACAAAUUUGUGAAAAUCUUAUAAAAGCAGCAUAUGAUCCUCGUAUCUCUGGUAUCUAUCUUCAUAUUGAAGCCUUAAACUGUGGGUGGGGAAAAAUAGAAGAGAUAAGGAGGCAUAUACUGGAGUUCAGGAAAUCGGGUAAGUUCAUUGUGGGAUAUGUCCCAGCCUGCGGAGAGAAGGAGUAUUACCUCGCUUGUGCUUGUGAAGAGCUUUAUGCUCCUCCUAGUGCUUAUUUUGCCUUGUAUGGUUUGACAGUUCAAUCAUCGUUCCUCGGGGGUGUUUUUGAGAAAGUAGGGAUUGAGCCUCAGGUGCAACGGAUUGGAAAAUAUAAAAGUGCUGGGGAUCAACUUUCACGCAAAAGCAUGUCAAAAGAAAAUUGUGAGAUGUUGACUGCAUUGCUUGAUAACAUUUAUGGAAAUUGGCUGGAUAAAGUUUCGUCGACUAAAGGAAAAAGCAGACAAGAAAUUGAAAACUUCAUUAAUGAAGGAGUUUACCAAGUAGAAAGGCUGAAACAAGAAGGUUGGAUAACAGAUAUACAUUACGAUGAUGAGGUUAUCACUAUGUUGAAAGAGAAACUGGGAGUGAAGGCGGAGAAAAAUCUCCCAACAGUUGAUUACAAGAAAUACUCUAGAGUUAGAAAAUGGACUCUUGGCUUGUCAGGGGGCAAAGAGCAAAUAGCUGUGAUCAGAGCCUCUGGAAGCAUUAGUCGUGUUCGUAGUCCAUUAAGUUCGGGUAUUAUUGGUGAACAGUUCAUUGACAAAAUCCGUAGCGUAAAAGAGUCAAAAAGAUAUAAAGCUGUUAUUAUACGAAUUGACAGCCCUGGAGGCGAUGCUCUUGCUUCUGAUUUAAUGUGGAGAGAGAUCAGACUUCUUGCUGCCUCUAAACCUGUCAUUGCAUCUAUGGUUGAUGUGGCGGCAAGUGGAGGUUACUACAUGGCAAUGGCAGCAGGAACAAUUGUUGCAGAGAAUCUUACCUUAACAGGCUCGAUUGGAGUGGUCACAGGAAAGUUUAAUUUGGGUAAACUAUAUGAAAUGAUAGGCUUCAACAAGGAUAUAAUAUCAAGAGGGAAAUAUGCUGAGCUCACAGCCGCUGAACAACGCCCUUUCAGGCCAGAUGAAGCUGAACUAUUUGCCAAGUCUGCACAAAAUGCAUAUAUACAGUUUCGAGACAAGGCAGCUUUUUCAAGAUCAAUGACAGUAGAUCAGAUGGAAGAAGUUGCUCAAGGAAGGGUGUGGACUGGUAAGGAUGCAGCUUCCCGAGGUUUGGUUGAUGCCAUUGGUGGCUUUUCUCGUGCCGUAGCCAUUGCAAAACACAAGGCCAACAUACCCCUGGACAAACAGGUUUCACUAGUUGAGCUGUCAAGACCCUCACCUACUUUGCCAGAGAUCUUGAGUGGAAUCGGGAGUUCCGUACUUGGUGUAGACAGGACUGUGAAAGAACUGUUGCAAGACUUGACAUUUUCUGAUGGAGUCCAGGCCAGAAUGGAUGGAAUUAUGUUUGAAAGAUUAGAAAAAGCUUCUUUUGCCAACCCCAUAUGUGCUUUGAUAAAGGACUACCUAGGCUCUCUUUGACCUCAAACGGGCGAAGCUUUGUUUCAAUCAUCUAUUUUUUUUUCCUGGCAUAUGGUAAACGAAGUAUUUUUAAAGUUAUGAUGAGGCUUCCAGUAUGCAAGAAAGAAACAGGUGAUCAUCCUACUGAAUUCAAGCAAGGAGCAGAAGCCUUCGAUUCAUUUUAUUUUACUUCACACACAAAUCCUUCUUUGUCCUGGAUGCAUGGUAAAGAGACGGAUUUACCUUCAGAUCUAUACCAAUGGUUGAACAUUAUGUUAUACUUGUACAUAGAAUUCAAAGACAUAGGUUCCAAAUGCUGUUGGAUGUACCAUCUGAACUUUUAUAACUAAAUGAGCCAUACUUCUGUCA